CUGACACGUGCUCUCAUGUCUGAACCGGAGAAGGUGUUUUUGUGUUCCUUGUGCAACUUCUCGAUAAAAUAUGACUUCUUUGGAAACAAACCACCCUUCAUGAAAUCAUUGAUUGUCCUGGAAGAGGCGUAUUUUAUGAAAGAUCCAUUCAGCGAAUCGACAAAAGCAGUAAUUCUCGGUGCUCACUGUUCUUGUUGUCAACAGGCAGUCUGCGUGUCACAGACUUGUAGCCUGUUCUAUACCAAGCGAUUCUGCCUGCCCUGCGUCCGAAAAAACAUCGAGGAGUUUCCUGUAGAGAUACAGAAGGAAGUCGCAAAGAUCAAGGAAUCUGCCUAAAAUCCACUUGCAGGACCAGCCAUGGCCGACAUCGUAGCAGACGCCCCAAAUCAUGUAGCAGACACCCCAAAAUCAUGUAGCAGACGCCCAAAAUCAUGUAGCAGACACCCAAAAUCAUGUAGCAGACGCCCAAAAUCGUUCUGAAGUUCUGCUUGGAGAACAGCGUGAACAUCCCAAACUUGUGCUGGGAAACCUGCAGUCGUUCUGUCGGGAGAGUCCAUGUGUGAUGUCACUUUCAAGGCCCGGUGGUACUCUGAAACAGCCCACAAGAUCGUCUUUGCACCUAUCAGCAACUACUUUACAGCAAUGUUCACCGGAAGCUUGGCAGAAAAAGAUGCUUACGGGGAGUUAUGUAGAUAAAAGCAUAUGCUAGUCUUUAUUCAUAUCACCCAGUGUCACAAUUUAUCUCCAAGGUAAUGUCACAACUCCUUUAUCUAAAAGACAUGGGUGAUAUGAAUAAAGACCAGCAGAUGCUUUUACUUCAAUUUUGUACAGAAAAGCCUAGU